CUAUCUUUCGCCCCAUAUUAAUAGGAUCCAAUCCCUUAAUUCUCCCAUAAGCUUCUGCGCGAUCCGGCUCUACGCCUCUCCCAAUUCGGAACCCUAGUCGGAAGAAGUGGUGCUUCCCGUCGAUCACCGCCGGAAAAUGUACGAUUCCGCAGAAUUCUAAGCGGUACGUCGAGGAGGAGUGUGGUGGCGUUCGGAAAUCCGGUGUGUGUCUCUUCCCGUUUCGCUGUGAUAUCGGUCGGUCAUCGAGAAGAAGGGGGAAGUGGGGAUGUCGCUGCGGAUAAAGGCGGUGGUCGAUAAGUUCGUGAAGGAGCUGAAGGAGGCGUUGGAUGCCGACAUCCAGGACCGGAUCAUGAAGGAGAGAGAGAUGCAGAGCUACAUCGAGGAGCGGGAGCGCGAGGUCGCCGAGAGGGAGGCCGCGUGGAAAGCCGAACUCUCCCGACGAGAAGCAGAGAUUGCACGUCAAGAGGCAAGGCUAAAGCUGGAAAGAGAAAAUCUAGAAAAAGAGAAGAGCGUGCUCAUGGGCACAGCAUCAAAUCAAGACAACCAAGAUGGUGCUCUUGAGAUCACUGUCAGUGGGGAGAAGUAUCGGUGCCUUCGGUUUUCAAAGGCAAAAAAAUGACAUGAUCAUGAGACAGAAACUAAAGUUGAAAAAAAGGAUAUUUCUAGGGUUGAUUUUGUUGUUGGUAAAUGCAAUUAUAGUAUCUAAAUCUUUUGGAUAUUCAGUUUAAAGGUGGAAAAUAAAAGCAGUUGUCUCACUAUUUGUUCUA